CGAUAUUGAAUUGCUUUUUAUCUUAUCUCUAAAAAACGAAAAUAUGUGACAAAAGUUUUGCUCUCUAUUGCUUUAACUUGUGAUAAGGCUAGAUAGUAAGCAUUAUCUAGAUUAGAUUGGGAAAGCAAAAUUUAUUGUUUGCCGCAUUGCUAUUUAGAAUUUAGCCGUAGAAGGUUCCCAAACAACCAGAUGAACGCAGUUACCAUUUGCCUAAUCUGUUUGGCAUGCACUUAUGCAGCAAAUGUUCUUUCAAAAUCAUGCCCAGUGGAGGCUGAUUGUGGUAAGGUAGAUGAGUCAAACGCCAUUUGCGGAUUGGAUGAAGAACAAGGUUGUAUUCAAAAAUAUCUUUCCAAGUGUCAUUUGGAAAUUGCAGCCUGCCAAAAAGGAAAAAAUUUAACAGACUAUAGUGAGGUGUAUUGCUCAAUGGAAUCGUAUUUCUGCGAAAAAUCACCCACAUACGAGCGCUGGACCAUUUUCUUUGGCAAUGAAACCAAUUAGAAACAACUAAUGGUAGUUUAAAUAAAUAUUUGGGAAAUGCGCCAAAAUAUUACGCUUAUGUCUGUCGGUUGAUUAAUGAAACAAUUACUACACAUAAAAUUACUAAGUUUUGUUCAGC